AACUUGUAAAACUGUGGCUACUGCCUGUGAAUUCAGCAUUAUCCAGCCUCAUUUCUGUCUCCUCUAGCUUUGUACCUAAGACCUCUAUGGACACCCCUGAAAAUACAUCGUCAGGGACAUCUGGGGUGACAGAGCCACCAGACAUUAGGGAUCAGGACCUGCGCAUGGAGACUAAUUCACAGGCAGAACUGGAUUCUCUGCAACCAGAACAUAUUACCAAUGAUGGUGAGAUCAACACCUGGGUGGAGAUGGAGCAGCCAAACUCUAGGAUGGCUCAAGUGGCUGAGACUGAGCUGGAGAAGAUGCGGCUGGAUAUGGAGCUGACUAUGCUGAAAUACCAAUAUGAGGAGAAGGAAAAGCAGCGGCAGCACAAAGAGAAGAUGGAGCAGAUGCGUCUGCAGUCACCAUCUGGAUAUCCUGCUGAAGGAUGCCAGGACCUCCUCAUGCCCCAGAACCAAUUUGCUUUGUUCCUGUAUUGCUUCAUCUUCAUACACGUUAUCUACACAGCAAGGGAAUUGUUGCUCUUCUUUGUUAAGAAGCACCACCUAUUCAUCAUUGUGGUUACCUUGUUAUAUUUAAUUAAAAAGCUCUGGGAUUAUUUGUGUUGCUUUGUUCUUCCUCUGCAAGGUCUACAUUGGUUGAAGCCUCUGAUUGGUAUCCACAGCGUUCUGAUAGUAAGGUGA